AUGGGUGGUGGUGGUGCGUGGAGUACAUACACGGUCUCCGGCAGCCACUGGGCCCCCAUCCGCAUCAAAGUAUUCACCGAUGACUUGGACAAACCUGCGCGGCAUUGCACCGCCCCAAUGCAGAGACGCCCGGACUUCGCUGGGGGCACGGUAAAGUGUAGAAAAGUGGAUAUUCUUAGUGUGCGGAAGAAAAGUCUUCUCCUUCGGGAAGCAAUCCCGUUGGCAGUAAAGAUGCACGCAGAGCGCCUUCUCGUGCGACCCGAAAGCGAUGUGCCCCUCAAGGUGCCCAUUUUCACCGGGGAGUACUGCCGCGAGUUCUCCAUCCCCGAUGAGCACCACACAGAGGGUGUCUCGGGGGCUGAUAUGAUUCUGUACGCGGCAGCGGGGCCGACGGAAGACUCGACUAUUGCGUGGGCAUUGGCGUGCGCUACGAAUGGCGAUGGACGGCCCAUUGUUGGUAUUACCAACGUUGGACCGGAAUAUAUUAAAUCAUCGGCGUAUAUUAUUCGUGUCUUGGCUCAUGAGCUGGCACACGCUCUCGGGUUUGACUUGGAUCUGAUGAACGAACUCCGCAUGGUGACCGUGUUGAAUUCCUUACGUGGAAAGAAUGCCCUUGUUGUGUCGACCAACAAGACAAGAGAGAAGGCCCGCAUGCACUAUAACUGCUCAACUGCUCCCGGUAUAGAGCUGGAAGAUGAGGGAGGCGUGGGGACGGUAGGCUCUCACUUGGAGCGGCGCAACGCCAAGGAUGAGUUGAUGGCUGGCAUUGCAGGCGCUGGUUACUACACAGCGUUGACGAUGUCAAUUUUCGAAGACAUGCAAUUUUAUCGUGCAAAUUGGGGAAUGGAAGAGUCAAUGAAGUGGGGCCGAAAUGCAGGUUGUAGCUUUUUGAACGACAAGUGCGUGAAGGACGGAGUCACAAUGCAUCCCGACUUGUUCUGCACCGUUCGCAAGACCCAGGGCUUGACGUGUACAUCGGACCAUCAGGCCCUUGGAAACUGUUUGAUGUUCACGUACAAGAAAAGCUUCCCAGAACAGUUCCAGUACUUUGGUGACUUGCCGAAGGGUGGGCCGUUGGGUGAGUUGAUGGACUACUGCCCUUUUGUCGCGCCGUAUAGCAACACAAACUGCGUGAGUGGGGCGUCAUGGAAGAUGCCAGGAAGCCGCCUCGGCCGUAACUCGAGGUGUCUGAAAGGAGACUCGCUCCGUAUUGGCGAACGUGCCGUGGGUGAUAUCUGCGCGGAGGUAGCAUGCAGCAACCGUACACUGCGUGUGCGGUACCUUGGCGACGACGCGUGGCACAUGUGCGCAGAGGGGGAGACCAUCAAGCCGAAUAAGACUUUCACGAGUGGCGAAAUUAGGUGCCCGCCGUAUGACGAUGUUUGUACAGGUGUGUGGCCCGAUGUGUGA